CCCUCUAAUUAGCUCUAGCAAAAAACACAUAUAAUUAGCACUUCCCAAAUUUUCACUUGUAAAAAUGGCUAAGGCUAUUGCAUCAUCAUCCAUUGCUCUUCUCUUCAUCACUUUGAACCUUCUCUUCUUCACAAUGGUUACUUCAACUUACAUCUCAUGUCCACCAAAGACUCAACACAAGAAUCCCCCAUCAACAUACCAUAAGUGCCCAAAGGACACACUAAAAUUUAAGGUGUGUGCCAAUUUAUUGAAUGACUUGGUGCAUGUUGUUAUUGGAAGCCCAUUAUUGUCAUCAAAGAGUUCAUGUUGCUCUCUUAUUGAGAAUCUUGCUGAUGUUGAUGCUGCUGUUUGUCUUUGCACUGCCAUUAAAGCUAAUGUCUUGGGAGCUCACCUUAAUGCUGCUCUUUCACUCAGCUUGUUGCUCAACAACUGUGGAAAGACUGCCCCUAAAGGUUUCAAAUGCGCGUAAAUUAUCAAACCAUUUCUGUGUUUCUUCUUUUUUUCAUUUGGAUUUAAGUUAUAUAUACUGACAGUGUAAAUAAUUUUUGCACUAUCAGUAUUAUUUAUGAGUGUAUAUGCAUGGUUUGCUUAUUUUUUAGUAAAUGUGUGUGGAGUUAUUUUA